AUGGAACAAUCUACUGCAUCACCACGAACUACAACAAUAAAUAUCGAUGAUAUUAUUACAGUUCUUCGCAUUGCUACACAAAAUCAAUAUAGUGCUCGAGAACUUCAUACAACGAAUGCAACAAUUGAAUUAAAUUUCACAAGUCUUUUUGGACAAGAUUAUGAAUAUCAAUUAAUAUCUAAUACAAAUGGUGAAUUAUCUUUAUAUUAUCCACGACGAAUUCUUGUUCCUACAAUUGAUAAAUGGUCAAAUAUAACAACAUCAAAAAUACAAACUACACUCGAUCUUCGUGAUUAUUUUGUUCGAUCUCGUAUUGCUCGAUGUCGCUCACGAUUUGUUGUUCCUGUUAUAUUAAUUGAUGGAAAAUACAUCUGUCGAUCUUCAACAGUUGCUUCUUGGGGUGAAGUCUAUUCUCGUUCAGGUGUUGAUCGUUUAUUAGAUACAAGUACUCGUACAACAGCUCCAUUGAUACUUGAUUCUCCAGUGAAUCCAUCUGGAGUCACCACUGAUCUUGAUGGACCACCAAAUAUUGCAAUUGAAGGUGCUGCUGCCGCUGCUGCUUCGUCAAAUACUGAAGUACCUCAACAACAAAAUAUAUUUGAUAAACUUCGUGGUGCUGAUAUUGAUCUAUUAAAAGUACUUGAUGUUAGUUCAAUCGUUAAUUUAAUGGUUGAAAAACGAAAAAUAAUGUUUGGCGUUAAUGUAACAUCAUCAGAAAAUUCAGAUAAAGAAAAUCGUUAUCGAGAUUUUCAAUUGUUAAUUCUUCCUUAUCCAGGAUGUGAACAUUUUCGAGAUUUUUCAGUGCAAAGAUAUAAUGGUGAAUUAAUGUUUUAUGAUUGGUCAUUACCAUUAAAUGAUUCGUCAUUUCAUGUGCCUGAACGUGUUUCAUCUCUUGUAAAAACAGAUUGGUCAUUUUGGAAGUCAUGGAAUUCAAUUGAUCUCACUAAAAAUUAUCUUCAAUUAAUUAUACGUCAUCUUGAAAUAGAUGAACAUGGACUUUUGGUACAUUGUAUAUCAGGUUGGGAUCGUACGCCAUUGUUUAUAUCUCUAUUACGUUUAUCAUUAUGGGCUGAUGGUUGGAUUCAUCAAUCACUUACUGUUGAGGAAAUCCUCUAUUUGACUUUAGCUUAUGAUUGGUAUUUAUUCGGACAUUGCUUACCUGAACGAUUACUUCGUGGCGAAGAAAUUCUUUAUUUUUCUUUUAUGAUGCUUCCACAUUUAUGUUCCAACGACUUUGUUUAUAAACGAUCGAAUAAUCCUCCGAAUUCACAGUUAAACACUACUACGUCAGAUCGAUCUGAAAGUGUUUAUUCUAUUAGUGCUUUGACACGUUUGAAUGAUGCUAAUUCAAAUUCUUCACCUCCAGUCGAUACCACUGAUCAUUCAACAAUAAAUUUUAAUCGAAAUGCAGAUGAAAUAUCAUUUGCUCAAAAAUCUGACUUAAAUUCGAACGAAGAACAUGAAAAUACAAGUUCGCCACCAAAAACAAUUCGUGAAGAAAAAUUACUUGCUGUUUCUCAUCUUUUUCAAUUAUGUUAUCGAACUGUGAUACCAAAUCGACCACCACCAGUUGCUUCCAAUACAAAUCUAUUACCACAAGGCCUGAGUGCAUUUAAUCCUAGGCCAAUCGGACGAGAAAUAGCUCGUUCAUUUAAUAAUUUUAUCGGUCAAUGGCGCACUCAACCUCGUUGA